GAAAGAAAACAUCAGAACAUGUGCGUUAGCCGGCGCGAGUAUUUUCAGUGUUUCUUCUGUCUGACUUGACCAAGAAUAACCCGUGAAAUUUAUAAAAGUUUAAGAAUAUGUUAAAGGAUACCGAAGAUUUUAAUUAAAAAUUCCAUCACAGUUAUUAAAAAAACUUUGAUGAAUUAUAUUUGAAACGAAUAUUUGAAUUAUUCGUUUGAACUGCUAAAUGAGAUUUUUGUUUAAGUUUAUUAAUUUGGUUAUUUUCAUGUACAGUUGUUAAACUGUUCAUAAAAUGAAUAGCAUAAAUAUUAUACAAAAUCAUCAAGUUUCAUUUUUUCUCCAAUUCUUUUGACAAUGAACUUCAUUCGACGGCGAAUAUGGAGAUCAUGAAAAAUUGAAUUUCCGGGACUUUUUUCUGUUGUGCCAUAAAGUAUUGAAAGUGACACUCGAUAGUUGACAAAAUAACUUUCCAAACCAAACUAUGACUACUUCAGCCAAAUCGAUGUCUGCGAAAAAAUCGCCCAUUUAUUACGUGAUAAUUAACUUUCGGCACGAAAAACUUUAUUCGCAUUACUAUAAAGGUACUGAUGUCGAUGGAAGUGUUGGAAGAUCAAGUUUUCUGCCUUCACAAAGAAGAGUAGUCCUCAUACGGGCCAAAUUAUAUUCAAAACAUUGCCUGCCUACCAAAGUAAAACGGUCCGACAGUGGAAUCGCAUGGCGGCGCAAAAACAGUUCGAAAUCGAAACAUCCCCAGAGGAAAUCCUCGACACCACCUUCGACUCGGCCUACGCUGUUACUGCCUCCCAUGAGGUGUACUGCUGGAGGUCUACGAGUGGAAGAAAACUGCACCAUUGCCCCUGUUGUGACUACUCGCGUGCAGCAUGGUGAACAUGGUCGUCAGCCACUGGAUAGUUUUAAUACGCAGCCUCUUCCAGAGCCAUCAGCACCAAGCCCAGGUCACCUGUUUUAUAAUAGCGAAGAUCACAGCGAUAUUACUUUCAUUGUGGGCCAAGAAGAGUGGCGAUUUCCAGCUCAUUCAUUUAUAUUAGAAAAAACACAACUAACCUUCCUUUCUUUGCUGAGAGCAGCAAGCACUGAAGAACAGUAUGAAGAGAUCAGGUCCCGCUUCUCGCGCAACGAAAAUAUGGAUCCUAACUUAGUUCCUCCAGUGAUUUUAAAGCUUCCUGAUUUGCAGCCAGAUGUUUUUGAGCAAAUUCUAAGAUAUAUUUACACGAAUCAAGUGUCCUUCUCGACAGUGGAUUCUACUUUACGUCUGUUACAUCCAAGUCAAGUAUAUCAUCUUCCACAACUUACUUCUCACUGCCUCAGUCACAUUUCAAAAAAUGUUAACCCAUCAAAUGUUCUUAUGGUGCUUAGUCAUCUUCUUUGUCCAGAAGUCCAUCAUCCUUCCAUCAGUUUCUCACCGAUUACAACACUGAACGAUAACUCAUCAAAUGAAGAGAACCACGAGAACGAUAAUGAAAGAAACGAACUCGUUUUCAAAUGCUUCCUUAUAGUAGACCGUCAUGCUGAUGAAGUGUUGCAAAGCGAACAGUUUGAGACUCUUGAACAUGAACUCAUGGUUGAAAUAGUGAAAAGAGAUACGCUGGAAGUUAGCUCUGAAGCUAUUGUGUUCGAUUCAGUUAUGAGAUGGGCUUGUAGAGCAUGCAAAAAACAAAGAAAAGAAUUAACUUCAGAUAACAAGUGCUCAGUAUUGGGGAAAGCUCUUUUUCUAGUCAGAUAUCUCGUAAUGACACCAGAAGAAUUCCUUCGAGGACCUGUUAGUCAAGGUGUCCUGAGCAAAGAAGAUAAAGAAUUAUUUCUAUCCCGGUUAACAACCCAUAAUUCCUCCCCACAAACUUCACUUCCAGAUCGCUGGAGCACAUGGAAGAUAGCAGUAAAACGACAAAAUUAUCACAGUCUUCUUCCAGUAACAUCUCCUCACUCUGAAUUGCCGUCCAGCAAUACAGACAUGUCUGUGUCACCAUCCAAUUCAAUCCAACCAGUGAACUCGAACGUUAAGAGAAAUGACAGAAAGAAAAAAUCAAUGUCCAAAAAGCUGCUCAAUGGAAUGGGUGAUUUGGUUAUCUGUGUUAUCCAACUGCUUGAUUAAAAUUGAUACUCCAUUUCCAAAAUAACUUAGUAUCAUUAACUAGACACUCUGUAUUAGACAGUAAUCCAGAAUAAACUUUCAGGUAAUAUUUUUAUAAUGUGAUAUAUGUUUAAGAACUUAAUGCAUCAGAGCAUACAUUUUUGUAAGAUUUAAAUUCUUACUCAAGGUACUGUACUUCAUGUUUAUCUGCCAUUAUGAAAUGUUCUUAAAGUGCUGAUAAUAGACUUAAUGAUCAAGAAUGUCUAUUCUAGACAACGUUCAUGUUUUCUUAUGAUAUUUUGAUUCUGUUAAGUCCACCAGGUAGAACAAAUUGCUUAAUUUUGUCCUAUUAGUUAUGUUACCAUUAAAUUCUUUAACAUUUUGUUACUUUGAAUAAUGUUUGCAUGCUCGCUGCAUUAAGUAUUAUGCUUUUGUAUUUCAUUUUAUUGUAAAUAUGAUUUAUGUGUGAAGAUUUAGAAUCCUCCUUUAUUAGCCAUAUAUUACUGUUAUGCUAACUGUUUAUUGUUUAGAAUGUUUAUAUUGUUUUUAGGAAAAGAGCUGAAAAUUUGGCUUUGUUGUAAUGUUAAAACUAAUCCAGGUGAUUCUUUCUAUUAGCAAAUAUUCAAAACCACUUUGUUAAAAAUUCACUGUAAAGUUCUUUAGUAUCUGCUUACAUUUAUUUCCUUUGGCAAAAGUUUUAAAACGUAUUUGGUAUAGCCUAAAUUAUAUUAAAGAAAUCUUUUUUAUAAAAAGGAUAGAAAAUACAUAAAAAUCAAAAACAAUCUGUGAACAAUUUAAAGACACCAAAAAUAAAUUAACAUUUAAUCAUUAUAUAUUUGUAUGAAUUAAAAAUGUAAACACAUAUACAACUUUUGCAUCAUAAAAAUAUUUUAAACUUCUUUUUCAACAUCCUCAAUUCUUAAAAAAUGAGUACUGUUUUAAGAUAUAUCCAUAAAUAAGUGAAAAUUUAUUUACAAAAUAUGGUAUUCUUAAAUGCAUUUCCUACUUUAUUUAUAAUCUGAAUGGCAACAGAAAUUUCUUCAUUAACAAUAUAUUUAAAAACAAUUAUACUAUGUCAGUAGAGUCUAAACUAUCUUGGUUUUUGUAUCAUAUAAAAUUAUUUGAAUUACAUACACAAACUUUGAAAUUAUUCAUACAUAAACAUAUACAAUUCUGUUUCUAUCACCCAUAAAUGUUUGUAUACUAUUUUAUGAUAAUGUGAGCAUUAGUCUAAUCUCACACUGAGCGUAUAAUGCAGGAAUUAAUAUUAAGACUGAACAUUUUCUCUCUCUAUCAGAAAAAUAAGCUUAACAAUAAACUUUCAACAAGCAGUUGCUUACAGGCAAUCUGAGCAUUUAUUUCGUAUAUAACAUAUUAAUAUGUCAGCAUGUACAGCAUUAGAAACUGUGCAGACUAUACACCUUUCAGAAGUUGUAAAGUAUUUAGAUAAAAUACUGUCUCACCAAGGAUACUGAAAAAACUUCUCCCAGUUAAAUUGCAGUCUAUCGUGAAAAUUGAAGCAUUUUAUUUUUUUCAAAACGUCAAAAGUCUCUAUGUUUAACAAAUUUAUAACCAAUUAAAAUCUUGUUCAUACUGAUACAAAUAUAAGAUUCCUCAAUCUGCCUUUCAAUACAAAUUACAUUGUCAGCAAUAUUAUAGUACUUUUUCUAUGAAAGAUUAAGAAUUUCUCUCUUCCUUUGAAUUUAAUAAUAUAUAGCUAUAGAUUAGUUUUUCUAUGAAUAAAUAAUUUUUAAAUGUUUAUGUUUCUAUCAUUUUCAAAAUUCUCAUGAAGACUUCUGAGUUCUAUGAGAUAAUAUAGAUUCUACGACUAAAUUACAACAGUUUCAUGUUUGAUAAAUCUAGUCCAACUUGUUUUGAUUUUAAUUGAAUUUCUCUUAUUAAUGCUCAAGUAUUAUUACAAGAAUAAUAAAACAUACUGUAGUACUUUUUCAUGUACUUCUGCUGUUAUAAUGGUAUUGUUAUGGAUUUGUAAUACUUUAAAAUUGUAACAGCUUUUUUGCAUACAUCAUAAUAAAAUGUUUCGUGUAAUAAAAACACAA